GGUGUUUCGGGAUGCAUCAUGUCAGGAAGACGUCAAGUGUGGGACAUUCGAGAAAUUUUUGGUAGGAAAAAAUUUGCCAGUGAAUGACCAUUUUACGCAAUUUAGCGGUGAAAAUACUCUGUGACGGUGUAAAAAGUGAAACAGGGACAGGAUGGAGGAGCGGUUAGAUGAUCUAUCGACGAAGGAUCGGCAGGAAUUGCGCAAUAUCCGGACACUUCUUUGGGGCUCAAAUGAUGUCGAACAAACGAUCUUUGAGCGAUGGUCACAAGGGUUUGAGUUCAGUGAGUUGGAGCCAUCGGCCCUGGUGCAGUGUCAGGGCGGACCGUGUGCCGUAAUCGCCCCUGUGCAGGCCUUCCUCCUCAAGAUCCUCCUAAUGGAUACUCCAGGCUAUAGUUUCUAUGACCUCACGGCGGACAAAUGCAGAACAGUAUUGAUCCAGGCCAUCUGCAAUAUCCUGAUGAAGUGCAAGGAGACAAAGUACAGGAUAGUUACGCUUAGGGCGGCCGAGGAGGCGCCCGCAGACGAGGUGGACGCCGCCAGGGUGAAUGCCGCCGAUCCGGACGCGUCGCCCAGCAGUCCGCCAGCCGGAGAGGUGCCAGAGGCGCCGGAGCACCAGCCCGCGGUUUGGGAUCCCGACCAAUUCCACGAGAGGCUCACCAUUCAGGACAUGGAGACCAUCGAUGAGGUGGAGAAGUUCUACACGGAGAAUCCCGGCCUGUUGGCCGGGCAGUACGGCGUACUGCUGUUCCUCUACUCCGUGCUCGCGACAAAGGGCAUUGAGAACGUGGUGCAGGAGCUAAACGACACGUCGGAGCCCCUCAUUCACGGCACGUACGGGUACGGAUCGCAGGGUCUGAUCAAUCUCAUGUUAACAGGGAGGGCAGUGGCCCAUGUGUGGGACAAUGACGAGGAUGUGGGCGGGCUGAAGCUGCGCGGCAUCAAUCAGCAGUCGGACAUUGGCUUCAUCACCACGAUGGAGCAGAUGCGCUACUGCACCGUGGGCUCCUUCUACAAGAAUCCAAAGAACCCCGUGUGGGUGAUGGCCAGCGAAACGCACCUGUCCGUACUGUUCAGCACGGAGAAGCGCCUGGUGUCGCCAGAGACGCCCAGCGAGAUCGCCAGGAGGGUGUUCAAGAGCUACGAUCCGGAGGGAAACAAUUUCAUACCAUCUGUGGUGCUUCAAGAUGUACUCUGUACAUUGGAUUUGGUCAGUGAUAAGGAAUACGUUGAUAUUAUGCGUUCGAAGCUUGACCCGGAGAAUCUGGGCAUCAUCCUUCUGAAUGGCUUCAUGGACGAAUUCUUCCCCCAGGAGAAGCGCUCCAUGCCGGACACGUUCGUGCUGUGGCACUACAAUGGCAUCCCUGGCUCCAAUUUUGGCAGCAAGGUGAAGUACAAUCGCGGCGUGGCGAUUCUCCUGGAGAGUGACCUGAAGCUGAUGUGCAACAUCUCGAAUCCCAUGCUGAUGUGUCUGCAGACAAAGUGGCCAAACAUCGAGGUGAAUUGGCAGGAGAUGCGAACGCCGUCACUCAAUUGACCAACUCUCGGCCAGGACCUGAGGCUCCUGAGUGGCAACAAUUCACGCCCCAACUGAGAACCACUGCUAAAUCUUACCUUUCCGAUGAGUCUCCGACGGCACACACACACUUCACUAGGUUUCCCGCUUUUCCGCCUCCGUUCACCCUUCCCGAGCUAAAUUUUUAGUGGUUAAAUUGCAUAUUUAUUUAAGUUAUUUAUGUUGGCAGCACAAUUCAACGUUGCUUCCAUCGCGCCAUGGCUUCGCAGGCAGUUGACACUCGCCUCGGAUCUCGUGCAUUCACAGAUUUUCUGUAUAAUCAUUUUUAAGUGUAUAAUAAUUCUCACC